AGAGCGAAGGAGCUGGGACGGUGCCUCCUGGCUGAGCCACCGGUGAAGGCAAGGAUACGAGGGGACGCGUGCCAGGGGAGGGGCGAUGGCCAUGAGGCUCCCUGCCCUGGUCCAUCUUGUCCUCCUGGCCCUGCUGCCCCUGGCUGGGGCUGAACCCUGCCCAUCAGACAUGAACCACAUCAAGGACCUCCUCGAGGUCAACUGCACAGGGCAGGGUCUCAGUACAGUGCCCUCGGCCCUGCCCAAGGACACGGGCAUCCUGCUGCUCAGUGCCAACCACCUGGCGUCUGUCUUCACCGACGCCUUCCUGCCCCUCGCUGCGCUGCAGGACCUCGACUUGUCCGACAACGGGCUAGUGGAUCUGCACACGGGGCCCCUGCUGCCGUCUCUGAAAGAGCUGAUCCUGUCUCGCAAUGCCCUGAGGGCCUUGCCCACCCUGCAGGGCCUGCCUGCCCUCACCCGCCUGGCCUUGGCUCACAACCACCUGCAGUUCUUGGCCCCAGGGGCUUUCCAUGCCGUGCCACAGCUGCAGGACUUGGACCUUCGAGGCAACCAGCUGCGGACUCUCCCACCGCAGGCCUUUGCAGGGUUGGGGGACCUCAAGGACUUGGACCUCUCUGACAAUGUCCUCGAGGAGCUGCCCCAGGAGCUGCUACAGGACCUGCGGAAGCUGGAGAACUUGUGGCUCUCGGGCAACCGCCUCCAGACUCUGCCCACAGGCUUCUUCCCCGAGGGCCACUUCUUCCCGUAUGUUUUCCUGACUGAGAACCCCUGGCACUGUGACUGCAGCCUGCUCUACCUGCGGGCCUGGAUCCGGCAGAACGAGAUGAGCGUCUACCAGCCUGAGCGCGGGCUGGAGAAGACAAAGGUUGAGGUGGCCCCGGAGAAGGUGCUGUGCCAUAGCCCUGCUGAGCAUCGGCAUAAGCCAGUCAUCCGCUUCAAGCCUGACUGCGGCAACGUGGGGGAUGCCGAUGAUGAAGACGGGGAUGACUAUGACUAUGGGGAAGGCACGCGGGAGGCAAUUGCCAAGAUCUCCUCCUCCCCCCAACAUUCAACCACCCCUGAAGAGCACAGGACCUCCACCCGGCCUCCCUCCACCACCACGAGGGCUCCCCCCAGCAGCUCUGGUAGCUCCACCCUCAUCCCAAGGACUUGGGUUGCAAUCCCCAGAGCUCCCAGCAUCGCUGCCCCUGUGCCAGCCACUCCAGCGGUCGCGACUACCCUCGCCCACGCCAGCAUUCAGCCUGCCAGCACCGCCACCUCCCCCAGCACCCCUGGGAGCUCCACCACCCUCCUCUCGACCACCUCGUUGGCCAUCCCAACGAGCACCGGACCGCGUGGCACCAGCACCCCUGCUCCAGCCACUCUCACCACUGGCACUGCCAGCACCCGUACCCUUUUCUCAGUGUCCGUUGGCACGUUUUUCACCACUUCUACUGCGGUGCCUCCCUCUCCUACUUUGGAAGCCUCCACCCCCCACAGAUCUUUAUCUUCUCCACCGACCAUGACCACGCCGGUGAUCUCCAGCACCACGGCAGUGCUUUCCACCCACCUUCCCCAGCCUGUCCCGGUCCUGCCCUGCCCCUGCUCCAUGCCAGCACCGGCCGUACCCGUGCGGCGCCCACAGGCCGUUGGCGAGGGCCCGCAGUGGGGCCGGUGGGUGCUGCGCCACUGCUGCCUGCUGCACUGGUUGCUCUACCUGGCCGCUCUGGCUCUGCUGCUCCUUUCUGCGCUAGCUCUGGCCGCCUGGCUGGCAUGGCUGUGUCUGGUGGGGUGGCCCUCCUGGCACAAGUCCUCCCUUCAGGUGCAAAAGAUGUGGUACCCACCACCAGGGAGAAGGGAGUCAGCAGAAGGUCCCGUGAUGCACCUCAGCAGCUUCGCCAGCCCCCCGCGGCGCCCCACUUUCUGCACCAUCAAGGAAGUGGAGUUGUGCCCUGAUGUCGCCACAUCCUACACUUACUGCACUAUCAAAGAUAUAGUGCUGCAGCGCAGUCCUCCCGCAAGGUCCUCCUUCCGCACUACGAAGGAGCUGUGGAUCCAUCCCCGCCCUCUGAAUGCUCCUUUCAAGCCGUUCUCCGGGAAGCUCAUGCUCCCAAAGCUCGGCUCGCUGACGACUCCUUCUGCUUACAGCCUGGACAGGGGUCUCAAGGCCAUUGGUGCUGUCCAAGUGAAAUACGCUGGCAACACCUUGUGAAUGCUUCUGUCGGUUCAGACGAAAGGAUGGGGGGGGGGGGGGUGCUGCCUGUCAUUCUCUUUUGCAAGGGGAUGGUGUGGUUGCUCCCUGGAGGGAAGCUCUCUCCUUCCCCUAGCACUACUCUCACGUCUUCUGUGGUUGCUAGAUUGAAAGAAUUGCUUGCAUACGGGGGGGAAGAUUCCCACCAAGACCGCUCAGUGAUAUUUUUGGGCCUGCCAUUGGCCUGGUUUGUGGAUGGGCUUGGGAAUGCAGAGCUUGCUUUAUGCACAAGGUCCUAGUGCACAUAAAGAUGCGCUAUGCUUUCAACUCAGCGCCAGGCAGUUUUGUUCAUUAAUCCCAGAAUAAAUAUUCUCUUUGGCUGCA